AUGAACUACUAUUCGACGGAUCGCGGCACCACUCGUUUCUCCCUGCGCUUUCUCGGCCUCCUCGAGCAGCAAACCCAGGAUUUGUCCGAGCUCCUGACCACGUCGGAGUUGGAUGACGCCUCGCAGGAGCGCCUCCGGGCCACCGCCAUCGCAUACACCCGCUAUCGCGCGGAGUUGGUCCAACGCAUCGGUGCCCUCGGGUUUCACCACCGCCCGGAGGGGACCUUGCGCGCAUUCCAGGGGGAUUCCCCCCUGCCGACACCCGGACGCCCGCUUCGCUCCGCCCGCCAAACACCCACCACCCUGGCGGAUGUGGUUCUGCAGGAGGCCCAGCGCCUGACCCGGUCCAGGCAGCCCCAGCCACCGGCCAAUGCCUCGACCACACGGGCCCUCUUUGCCCGGCCGGAUCUGCUGCGACGCGUCUUCGCCCCCUACCACGAGGCCCCCCGCCGGCGCGCGCUCCAGCAAAGUCGCCUUCAAUUGUCGGCUCUCUCCGGACGCGUGGUCCGCCAGGCCGGCCAUGGGCGUGUCCUUGUUGGCUUCCUCGGCGACUUGCCGGCAGCCGGCCCCGGCUCUGGACAUGUCAGCCCCUGUCUGAUUUUUCGCCCGGCCAUCGCCCGCGACGGCUCCCCCGGCCUGGCCCUCUGGCGACACACGGUCCCGGUGACGGUCAGCCGGCGCCUGGUCGCACACGGAUCGCACGCCUCCCUGGCCCGCGGGGGCCGGGCAGGCGUCAGCCCCCCGGAGCCUCGCCAGCCGGCCAGCUCCGCCAAUCUGCUGCUCGACGCGGCCGAACGUGCCCUGCAGGGCCUCGCCGUUCGCCGGACCCUUGCGGCCGACAUUGCCCGGCGCUGGGCCGACCUGACCAGCCCAUCGGCCGCGCCCGGCUCGCCGGCGGCCAAUCUCGGCACCGUCUUGCUGUCUGCCUUCCCCGACCCUCCGAUUGUCGAUGUCGGCUCCGGCUCAGGGAGCAUCUUCAUCUCCCUAAAGGGAAGACUCGACAUCACCUUGCGCUUCGACAGCGACUCAUCAACUUACCGGCCCAGCGAGGUCGACGUCCGCGUGCAUGCCGCCCAGCCUGGCGAGGAGGACCACCCCUCCCUCGUCGCCGCGGCCCAGGACAUCCGCCAGCUCUUCGCCGACCCCGGCACCUCGCCGGCUGUGGCGCUGGUGGUGGCGGCCCUCAUUCUGCGCCGUGCCCCGGUCCCGGAGCCCUGUGACGCCCCUCCGGCCUUGCCGGUGCCGGAGUCGGACUUUUCGAAAUCACUGACAAAUGCCGUGGCGGCUGCCCUGCUGGCGAAGCCGCCCUCCGGCGGCCGCCAUGCCGCGGAGUUGGGCCCGCCUCCCCGGCAAGCGGCGGCCACCUCCGCCAAAAUGACCGCCCGCCCUGUUGCCGCGGCCGCUGCCUCGGCGAGAUCCUUGGCCACUCCGCCGGAGGCCGCCCUGGCCGGGCAUCUCCCCGUGGCACGCCCGGAGCUCGGUGGUGCUGUGGACCUCCACACCCGAGCCGAGCUCAUCCAAGCCGGGCCACCUGCCGAUCGGCGCUUUGCCCUCGGGGGGAUCGGGCAUUUACGCCUGCCCGAGGAGGAGGAAGAGGCCGCCGCCGGCCGCCGGCGGCCGGUUCGCGUGUGCACGGUGGCCGACGAAUCGCGCUACAUGCUGAUCUUUGGCAUGCCGGAUCUCCGUGUAUUUGGCUCGCCGCUGGAUGCGUGCCAAGAUCUGGCCGAGUAUCUCGGCCGGCUGCUGGCCCCUGGCGCGCGGCCGGGCGAGGAGCCACCCCCCGGUGGGCUGCCCUCACCGGCCCCUGUCUGUCGGCUGGCCCUUGCGACCGAACUCUGCACGGCCCACCUGCCCUACGGGUACACCCAGUCCGAUGAAUUUCAAUCCAUGGCGCCUGUCUUUCUGGCCACCUUUCGCACAGUUCGCCAAGCGCGGCUGGCCAAGAGUCGCGCCAAUCGCCGCCACGCAUCCUCCCUGCCGGGGGUGCGUGUCCUCCGCCUGGCGUAUGCCCCGCAUUUGGAGACCCCCGACGAGCGAAGUGCCAAGUUCCGCCAACGCCAGCGAGACCUGCGCACCCGGGCCCGGACCGAAGAUGUUGGCCCGGCCCCCUAUGCCGGGACCUCGGCCGGGUCGCUGCCGGUCUGGAGCCUCCCCUCCCCCGGGCCGGGGCACCGACGCCGGCGGAUUUAA